GUCCAUCCUUCCAUUUUCUUUCUUCCAUUUUUAACCCAGUCAAACAAACACCCAAAUAUCAUUUCCAUUUAUUUUUUAAAACCCUAAACUCCCAAUAUACAUUUCAUUUCAUUUUCUUGAAACAAAAUAAAAAAGACAAACAAACAAUUUUUAAAAAAAAAUGUCAUCAGAGAUCGAGGUGGAAGAAACCCCAGAUCAACAUUCCGUUUCCGGCACCGGAAACACCUCCGGUGCGAUCUCCGGCGAAGAGAGUUUGAAAAAUGACAUAUAUACAGCAGCUGCAUAUGGUGAUUUAGACAAGCUCAAGAAUUUGGUUGAAAUUCAAGGUUGUUCUGUUAAUUUGCCCGAUGAUCAAGGCUACCGUGCUUUGCAGUGGGCCGCGCUUAAUAACCGAGUUUCCGCAGUUCAAUAUAUCCUUGAGCGUGGUGCUGAUGUAAAUGCAGUGGAUCUUACUGGGCAAACAGCAUUGCACUGGAGUGCCGUUAGGGGAUCUGUUCAAGUUGCAGAUCUUUUGCUUGAAGAAGGCACUCGGGUUAAUGCAGCUGAUACAUACGGAUAUCAGACAACUCACGUUGCUGCACAGUAUGGUCAAACAGCCUUUCUUUACCACAUUGUCACAAAAUGGAAUGCAGAUCCAGAUGUCCCUGAUAAUGAAGGAAGAAGUCCUUUACAUUGGGCUGCGUAUAAAGGCUUUGCUGACAGUAUACGCCUUCUUCUCUUUUUGGAUGCAUACCGAGGGCGCCAGGACAAAGAGGGUUGUACACCUUUACAUUGGGCUGCUAUCAGGGGGAACUUAGAAGCAUGCACAGUAUUGGUGCAAGCGGGAAAGAAAGAUGAUUUGAUGGUGACUGAUAAUACCGGCCUUACACCAGCACAGCUUGCUUCUGAUAAGAAUCAUCGACAAGUUGCAUUUUUUCUUGGUAAUGCUAGGAAAUUGCUUGAAAAACGUUACGAGGGAACAUUUGGGCGACUUUCAAAGCUAGGACUAGCACCAGCACUUCUGUGUAUAAUAUUUGCGCUACUUUUGACCUAUAUCAAUUCGGUCAUUAUGGUUUCAACCUUGCCAAAGUUAACAGCUGGUUCUGCCUUUUUUGCAUGGAUUGGUGUAGCAUUAGCAAGUUCAGGGUUGAUUUUUUUCUAUCGGUGCAGCAGCAAGGAUCCCGGUUUCAUCAAAGCCAACAGUAACGAUUCAAAAGACUCCAAAGAUGAUGAACAGCCUUUACUGAAGAUUGAGAUACGUGACCCUGCUUUGCUAGCUGGUAAUUGGACUCAACUCUGUGCAACUUGUAAGAUUGUCCGUCCUCUUCGCGCAAAACACUGUUCCACUUGUGAGCGUUGUGUGGAACAAUUUGACCAUCACUGCCCUUGGGUAUCUAAUUGCGUUGGAAAGAGAAACAAAUGGGAUUUUUUGGGCUUUCUUGUUCUAGAAGUUUUUGCUAUGGCAAUAACCGGCACAGUUGCUCUGACAAGAAUUGUGACCGACCCUUUGGCUCCAUCUUCCUUUGGGGCAUGGUUGCGACAUGUUGGUAAUCAACAUAUUGGUGUUUUAUUAUUUUUAAUCUCAGAUUUUUCCCUCUUCAUUGGUGUGGCGGCUUUAACAUUUAUGCAAAUGUCUCAGGUUAGUCGUAACAUCACUACAAAUGAAAUGGCAAACAUGAUGCGAUACAACUACCUAAGAGGUCCAGGAGGCCGAUUCAGAAACCCAUAUGAUCAUGGCUGCAAGAAAAAUUGUUCAGAUUUCUUGAUAAAUGGUUACAACGAGGACAUCGAGGUUAUAGAAGCAACACCUCAAUCCUCUGAAGGUAUAAACAUGAUGCCAAUACCCAACAGGAGUUUAUCUCUAAACAUGCAAAAUGGAGGUCUUUCAGCUGGUGGUCAUUCUCAUCAAACAAACGGAAAUGGCCAUGGCCAUGUCCAUGUAGAUUCAAAUAAGAACCCAACUCAUGUUCAUUCUUCAAGUUGCAGCCAUGGGAACCACAGUAAACCUAAAACAGAUUCUGUUCCAUUAGGUCUAGGGCUAGGUUUAGGCCGAGGUUCUCGAUCUAGAGGUGCCUUGUGAAUUGUGAUGAUAUGUCCUAUAGGGGUUUCUAACACAUGAUAUGUUGUACAACCUUUCUUUUUGCCUUAUAAAGUAAAUUAUUUUUCCAGAGCAAGAGUGACUUGUACUUCAUAGGGGGAGUUAUACUUUAUCUUGUUCUUGUAUCUCAAAAUAUUGUAUACAACUACUUUAAAAGAAGCAUCAGGGUUGAUUUAUUGUUGAUGAAA